UCGCAAACUGCAAACCUGUGUGCCGACACAGAGAAAUUAAUCUGUCUAAUUUGAAAAUGUACUUCUCCAAGCUCGCUGUUCUCUCCGCACUGACUCUUGCCAUUGGCUCAGAAGCUCUGCUUACCAACCCACUACAGACUGGAAACAAGGCAACCACAAAUGGAUUGAAAGAUCGCGCCUAUGUCACCCGUGACAUCAAGACUCCUGACCCGAUCCCUGUUUCUGGACAAGAAGAGGCGAUGGAACUCAUGAAAACUGGACGUCUCUACCGCUACAAUAUUGGCCCGAAUGAGGAAUCGGUCGUCUCCGUAUGCGAACAAGAAAUUGCCGCCUAUACCGGUCACAAAUACUGUGUCGCCCUCAACUCGUGUGGAUCCGCCUUGAUGUUGCUGCUCAAGACAACUGGUCUCCAAGCUGGUGACAAGGUUCUUAGCAACGCCUUCACUUUUGGUGCCGUUCCUUCUGCCAUCGAGCAUGCUGGCGGAAAGGCAGUGUAUGUCGAAUCCACCAUGGACAUGGUCAUAGACUUAGAAGAUAUGGAGAAGAAACUCACAGAUCACCCAGAUUGCAAACAUGUUCUUAUUUCUCACAUGCGCGGAAAGCUCGCUGAUAUGGCUGGAAUCAAGGCCCUGUGCGAUAAAUUUGACGCGAUUCUGUUGGAAGACUGUGCACAUUCCCUAGGUGUAGAAUACGCGGGGAAACACUCAGGUCACAUGGGAAUUGCCUGCGCUAUUAGCAGUCAAUCGUACAAGAUGAUCAACUCGGGUGAAGGAGGCUUUUUGCUCACUGACAAUGAGGAUAUUGCCGCCCAAACUGCUGUCUACGCCGGUGCCUACGAAGGUCUUUCUGCCAAACACGUUACUGUACCGAGCAAAGAACACUUUAAGGAUUACCCAACAACUCUACCGAACUAUUCUCUUCGAAUGAGCAAUUUGGCAGCGGCUGUCAUUCGUCCUCAAAUCAAGACUCUCGACGAGCGAAUUGCCAAAUAUAACAAACGGUACAACGAUCUUGUCACCAACCUCGAAUCCCGUGUUGGCGGUCACAUGACAUUCCCACAGCUUACGCCUGAAGUAACAAUGAUGGUUCAUGAUUCACUUCAAUUUAACCUUGACAAGAAAUUCUCUCCCGAAAUCAUCGAAGCGUUCAUCGAAGAAUGCAAGGAACACGGACUUCCAGUCGAAUUAUUUGGACAUAAGACCAAUGCACGGAAUUUUGUGAAUUGGGGAUUUGCACCAGCCGAGGAUCCUCUGCCGAAGACUGCGGAUAUGCUCUCCCGUGCCUGUGAUGUCCGAAUGCCACUUAUGUGGGACGACGAAGAUUUUGAAGACAUGGCGAACGUCCUAGUGGAAAGCGUAGAAAAAGUCCUUGCGGACGCCGGAGUUGAGUAGCCGUUUUGUUCAGUUUUGUGAUACGGUUCGUGUAUGAAAAUAUUGGAAGCACGAGGCUACUGAUGUACAGUUAGGCAUUAGACCGUAACAUUCAGUAAGCACACAUAUACAGCAUCG